AUGUCCAAUUCAUCGUUUUCAUUGUCUUCAUCUUCUUCAAUUCCAAAAGGAGUAUGUUUAUGUGAGGUGAAAGCUGAAAUUAAGACCUCGUGGACACAACUCAACACUGGUCGGAGAUUCUUUUGCUGCAAAAAUUUAAAGGCGAGAGGUGAAUGCAAUUACUUUGAUUGGUAUGAUGAUGAAAUGCCUCUUCAAGCAAAGAGGGUGAUGUGGAGUUUAUUGAAAAAAGUCAAAUCAUUUGAAGAAGAGAGGAAUCGAUCAAGAAAAUUUAAAGUGAUAUACGUUGGGGCGAUUGUGAUUUUGGCUAUAUGGAAUUUCUUCAAGAAAUGUUCUUAG